AUGGGUCUUGGCAUCCUUGAGCCCAAGUCCGGGGAACAGGUGCCCGGCACCACUAGAUACUUCGAUGACCCAGACAGGCCCCAAGAGGCGCGCGAGAACGAAACAACCCUCAAGUGCGACACCAGCGGCAAGGUUCCUAUUAUUCUCAUUCCCCAGCCGUCUGAUGAUCCUAACGACCCUCUCAACUGGCCGCUAUGGAAACGCGAUCUCAUCACCUUCAUCCUCUGCUUUGCCGGCAUCUUGGCCACAUCCCUCGGUUCCAUCCUCGCCUCCAACACCCUCGUCAUUGGCAUCGUCUUCGGCGUUGACACUACCAAGACCGCCGUUCUCACCGGUUAUUACCUCCUCGGCGCCGGUAUCGCCGCUACCUUUCUCGUCCCAUCGGGUCGCGUCUGGGGCAAGCGCCAUCUAUUCCUCAUCGGCAUUGUCAUCUGCACCGCCUCGAGCGUGUGGGCUGGCGCGACCAAGAAAAAUUACAACAGCAUGGCCGCUGCCAGGGCGAUUCAGGGCGUCGGUGCCGCUCCCUUCGAGAGCCUGCUCAACGCCGCCGUCGGCGAUCUCUAUUUUGUGCACCAGCGAGGCGUCCGUAUGGCCUUCACCAAUCUGGCCGUCUUCGGCGGCGCCUUCUUAACUCCAGUCUUCACGGGAAAGAUCACCGAACAGCUGGGAUGGAAGUGGACUUUUUAUUUUGUCGCCAUCUUCAUGGCCGUGACCAUACCGCUCGUCUUCCUCUUUUGUCCGGAGCCAGCCUAUCGCCGCGACUAUCGGCUCAACAUCGACGAGACCACAUCGGACGAAGUCAAACUCAACCCGGCCUCGGCCUCGGCAAACUCGUCAUCUGGCACCGGCGCGCCCAAUGAAGCGUACCCAACCACCUCGGAGUACAAGCCUGGCCUUGUCCUGUUUCCUUCGUCUCGGGCCAUGCAGCCCCUCGGCCACGCCGACACGCCCAAGAAGUCGUUCAUCCAGUCUCUCUCUCUGUUCGACGGCAGGAAAACGGCUGAGCGCUACUGGGUGCUCUUUUUCCGACCGUUCCCCCUCAUCAUGAACCCUGCUUUUGUCUGGGGCUGCCUCGUUCAAGGCGCCAUGAUAGGAUGGACUAUUUUCAUCGCGAUCCUCAACGCCAUUGUAUUCAUUGGUCCGCCCUACUGGUUUGGUGAGGUCAAGGCCGGAUACACAUACACUGCCCCGUUCGUGGGGGCCCUCAUCGGCUUCGUCGUGUGCGGCCUUCUCGCCGACAGCAGUGUCAGGCUGCUCACCAAGCUCAACAAGGGAAUAUAUGAGCCCGAAUUUCGCAUCUUUCUCGUGAUACCCAUGCUCAUCACUGGCGGCGCCGGGCUCUACGGCUUUGGCAUCACGGCCGAGAGCAUUAUGGAUGGCAAAUUUGCGUACAUUGUACCACUCGUCUUUUUCGGCCUCGAGGUGGCGGGCAUGGUGAUUGGCACCGUGGCUAGCUCGCUUUACAUUGUCGACGCCUACCGAAGCAUGACGGUUGAGGGUUUUACCCUGAUGAUCAUAUUCAAGAACAUUUUCAGCUUCGUCCUGACGUGGUACGCUUACGGGUGGAUCAUCGAAGGCGGCAUCAAGAACGUCUUCACCAUCAUCGCGUCCGUCCAGGUGGGCAUCUGUGUCCUGAGCAUCCCCAUGUACAUUUACGGGAAGCGUGUCAGGGCUUACUUUCACCGCCACGACGUCCAGGCCAUGUGCGGGCUGCGGUGA